CUCGCAGAAAGUAGAGUGCAACAAAGAUACCAGAGAGGAGAAGAAGAACAGUUUUCUUAGCCUGAGAGCUGUUGGAUAUUUUGAGCUCCUGAACACUGGUGAAUAAAGUCUAUAGGCUACUAAAAGGAGCUAUCUGAUGACGAAGGUGCUGAUGGCCGGGUGAUAUUCUGCUUGGGAAUGUAAAAUAGAGAUAGAGAUACAAGAGAAAGAGUCCCGUGUGAAUCUGAAAUGGAAUCUCAGCCGCGCAAAAAAUUAUCCCAUUCAAUUGAAGAAAUUCUAAGGAAGCCCACAUGUGUCAGAAAAGAGAAAAGAGUUCAUCGUGACUGGUCUGUUAUCAAGGAGAACACCAGGACAUCCAACCAGCUCUCAUGUGCAGAAACUCCACAAAAUAGACUACUUGAAGAGACUCCAAAAGCCACCACGGGCUGCAUGAGUCAGAGGAAAAAGAGGCAAACGAGGGUCACUUUCACGCCGUUACAGGUGCAGGAGCUGGAGAAAGUCUUCCAGCAGUCUCACUACCCAGACGUCAACAGCAGAGACCAGUUAGCGUCCCGCCUGCACCUCACUGAGGGCCGAAUACAGAUUUGGUUUCAGAACCGCAGAGCCAAAUGGAGGAAGGCAGAAACAGUAAAGGAUAUAGAACUGAUGACCAGCCGGGACGUCCAGCCAGCCAAUCACCAGCUGCUUUAUUAUGAGCUCUCCCAAAAGCCCCCGCUGCAGGCAGGGUGCUGGCUGCCAUGCUGCUUACCCAAACCCCGUCAAUCAACGCUGUUCCUCAGGGCGACAUUCGCUCCGACACCCGCCUUGCUGACCAACACACAUUCCCCAGAUCCCAGGACUCUGUAUUUUGACCCGCUGGGGACAGACAGAUAGCAACUUCUGUACAAAUGAUGACACCAUUGUGUUAAAUCACAUGAGUAUCUGGUGAUAUACUGCAGACUACAAUCUCUAAACUAUGUUUGUGUAACAGUUUAAUGGAUGAGCUUUAACUGCCAGAUGUGUCGACUGUGUUGACAACUUGAAAAUAAAAUGAAUCUUAA